UAGUUGCAACAUGGAUGUAGGACUUUUUGGUGAUUGAGCUGAGUACUGCAACAUUUUUGUUGUUUGUAAAUUGUUAUUUGCUCAGGUUUUACUCUUAUGUACUGGUAUUGUUAAUGUAUUUUAAAUCUCAACUUAUAAUGUCCAUAUAUAAAUCUUUAUAUCGUGGUCAAAAGCAUUUAUUGACGCGCCCAAGUCUAGGCCUAGCUUUAGGCUCCGAAUCAUGUAUUGCUCGCCAACGUAAAUACGAUUCGAGACUGUUUACGCGGGGAGCUUGUUGUAGUAAGUCUAUACCUUCGUUGUAUGCUUGCGAGAGGCGAAGGGCACUUAAUAAAACAUAUAUCCAAGCACGUCACUUUGGUAUUUCACUGAAUAACCGGUCAUCAACACAGGAUGGUAUUAAAUUUACUGAUUGUAUUGAAUUAUCAUGUAACAAGGCAAGAGAAAUAUUUGAGCAGGACUUCAAACUUUACAAUGAAUUCAUUUCUGAAAGUGAGACAGAAUCUCUUUUAAAGGAAGUCAGAAAAUAUUUUAAAGGUUUGCGAUACGAAUCUGAUCACUGGGAUGAUGCAAUACAUGGGUAUCGUGAAACGGAGAAGUCAAAAUGGACAGAAGAAAAUUCAAAAAUUAUUCAAAGACUACGAGACAUGGCGUUUGAAGUUGGUUCUCAUCAUAACACACUUGUCCAUGUUCUAGAUCUUGCUGAAGAUGGAUACAUUAAACCACACAUUGACAGUGUUAAAUUCUGUGGUAAUACCAUUGCAGGGAUAAGUUUAAUGUCACCUUCAGUCAUGAAGCUGGUUCAUGAAAAACAGAACCAUAUUUGGGCAAAUGUACUAUUACAGCCACGUUCCCUCUAUGUUUUGCGGGACUGUGUGCGCUAUGAAUUUACUCAUGAAAUCCUACCUAACGAGACAUCAUCCUUUCGAGGGGAGAAGGUGCAUAAGAAUCGACGAAUCUCUGUCAUAUGUCGCAAUGAAUCCUGAUUGUGAAAUAAUUAUUCGAUAUUAUAUGCCCAAAGACAUUUGAUCUGUUCUACAGGAAUAAGUGCUCAGCUUCCAAUAUCAAGGUCUUGUGUACAAAUAUUUUUUUUUCAAACAAUAUAAAAUAUCCCAAGUUUUUGGGUUUACUGAUCUCCAUGGUCAGUAUUUACAUUUCUGAUCCCACAGGAAGAUAGAAUAUGGUUAAAUUCUGUUUAUAUGGAAGGGGAGAGCACCUGAUGUUAAUGGAUGGUUGUGGUGAGCUUGAGUGAUAUUAACCAUUUUGACCUAUUGACCCCACUCUCAAUGAAAAUUGACAAUGAUUCCGAUGCCUCUAGAUGGAGGAAAUGGGACUUCAAAACUUAAAUUUGAAUGAAAUUCCUUUUUUCCCUCAUUUAUGGGUGAGGGGCCUGGGCCAGCUGUGCCUUCUUGAAUCUGCCUGUGGCAAAAGGGAUGACUGCUCUCUAUAAUGCUAAUUUAGGGCUUGAUCUUUUUCCAACCAAAAUAGUUUGAACAUAUUGCAGUACUGUAUUUUGAAAAUGUUUCAAAUAUUAAUUGGUUUUAUAAAAAAAUAUCAGCCUGUUGAAUGUCUUCAGAGUCAUUAUUCCAUUUU